UCAUAUAAUACUAACUGCCACACGUACUAAACUGAACUAAACUAAGGAUACGCGCGCCACUCUUUUAUACCUGAAGAGUGAUGAUGACCUUAUCUCCAUUUAUGGCUUCUCAACCAUCUUUAGCCUUCACUGUGACAAGGCAAAAGCCUGAGCUUGUUGCUCCGGCAGAGCCGACUCCACGCGAAAUCAAGUACCUUUCCAACAUUGAUGACCAACAAGGUCUGAGGUUUCAAGUUCCAUUUAUACAUUUUUACCGCAAUGAACCUUCCAUGAGUGGGAAGGACCCCGUGCAGGUUAUACGUCAAGCUUUAGCUAAAGCACUUGUUUUUUUCUACCCCUUCGCCGGUAGACUCCGGGAGGGACCUGGACGGAAGCUGAUGGUGGAUUGCACCGGUGAGGGCGUCAUGUUCAUCGAGGCUGAUGCUGACGCCACACUCCAACACUUUGCCGUUGGAGGUGAACUCAAGCCUCCAUUUCCGUGUUUUGAUCAACUUCUUUAUAAUGUUCCUGGUUCUGCUGAAAUUCUCAACUGCCCUUUGUUCCUUAUACAGGUGACUCGUCUAAGGUGUGGGGGUUUCAUUUUUGCUUUACGCCUAAAUCACUCCAUGUCUGAUGCCUGUGGACUAGUCCACUUCUUGAAUACCAUAGCCGAAAUUGCAAGAGGUGCAGAAGCUCCAUCGGUUUAUCCAGUAUGGCAACGGGAGUUUUUCGACGCCCGUAACCCUCCCCGCAUAACAUGCACACAUUAUGAGUUUGAGGAGGUACCGGCAGAUUCAACGGGAGCAAACAUUCCACUCGACAACCUCGUCCAUCGUUCUUUCUUCUUCGGACCUACUGAGAUUUCGGCCUUACGUAGCUCUCUCCCACCCCAUUUGCUCAAAUGUUCCAGGUUCGAGGUGGUAACAGCUUGUCUUUGGCGCUGCCGUACCAUUGCCAUGGAAUUCGACCCCAACGAUGAGGUUCGGAUCUUUGGCACAGUCAACGCACGUCCUAGGUUAAAAAAUCCCCCGGUUCCAAAUGGCUACUAUGGCAAUGCUUUUGUUUAUCCAGGAGCAAAAUCAACUGCGGGCAAAGUGAGCAAAAGUCCAUUGUCUCACGCACUCGAGUUGGUCACAAACAUAAAAUCUAGCUUUACCGAAGAGUACAUUAAAUCGGUAGCCGACUUGAUGAUCCUUAAGGGACGGCCAACGUUCACUUUGCAAGGGACUUUUAUUGUGUCAGAUGUUACUCGUGUUGGAUUCCCAGAAAUAGAUAUGGGAUGGGGCCAGUCGGUUUUUGGUGGGCCGGCUCACGGAGGUGUGGGUGGUAUUCCCGGCUUAAUAACCUUUUACAUACCAUAUGAAGAUAACAAAGGCGACCAUGGGAUACUGGUUCCGAUGUGCUUGCCGGCGAUUGCAAUGGGGAAGUUUGUGAAAGAGCUUGAAAACUGCUUAAUGAAGUGAUGAACUUCAUCGUCCCAAAAUUCAAUGCAUUUAAUUUAUAUGUGGUAGUUUCACUUUGAUGUUAACUGCAUGUCAACGUACGAAUUGUCUACGUGUAUCUUGUUAUUUAUUGUUGUCGACAAAAAUAUGGAGCACCCGGUAUUAUCGUGUGUUUAUAAAAUAUUAAAAUUAUAUAAGUUGGUA